AUGGCAUCAAUAUUAACAGGUGCAGGACAAGGCCUAGGGGCUUUUCAUGGAGCUCAAUACUUCCGAAGAAUCUCUGAAGCAGUCAACCCUAUGGGAAAUAACGAAGCUAUUCGCUCUGAAGGGGAAAAUUCAUUGCAGUCUGAGUACUUAUCAAGUGAAACUUCUCGAUCUUCUGCAUCUUCCAAUAGCGUUGAUACGAAUCCAGAUAUUGUAGUCGAUGUUAGCAAGAGAAGGCUACUUGAAAGAAAAAUUGAUAAGGUUGAUCGUGAUUCUAAAUUGCUGAAGGUUUAUGACUCACUUAUUGCAAUUAUUGCUAUUGCAGGACUAGUUGUCGCUAUGGUAGAAUACGAAGAAAAUUAUAGCAAUGACGACGUCACUACGAGCAACGGAGACUCGUUAAGACUUUUUGUGUCAGUUUCUACAGGAGUUUUAUUAAUUUUACUGAUUUUUCGAUCGAAAACUUCAUAUAGUAUUAUGAGAGAAAAGAAAAUCGGUUUAGAUGUAGAGGUACCUUCUUAUUUUAAAAGCAAGCAUUUUGGGUUUUUAUUAGUCGAACUUGUGGUCUGUGCUAUUCACUGGCCCCCAGGAAGUGACUAUUCUAUAGAAUUCCAACAGUUAAAUGGUGUUUUAAUACAAAGUAUGGACUCUAUAUGUGCUUGCUGAAUGCUAAUAAGGGUAUAUUUAGUUUUCAGGCUUUUUUACCACUAUUCUACAUGGUCAUCUAAAAAAUCCCAAGCAAUUUGUAGCGUUUAUGGAUGUGAUGCAAGUAUUUUGUUUUCCAUCAAAUCCUUAUUAAAGGAUCGGCCUUAUUUCUUAUUAGGUUUUAGCAUGAUUACAAAUCUUGUGGUUUUUGGGUUAGCUAUAAGGAUUUUUGAAAGACCUUAUACGAAAAAUAAUCCAAACCAAAGCCAAGAUUUUAAUUAUAUUUGGAAUGCCAUGUGGGUCAUUAUAAUCACUAUGACAACGGUCGGAUAUGGAGAUUUCUAUGCUAGGACACAUAUAGGAAGAUUUAUUUCAGUUUUAGCUUGCUUUUGGGGGAUUUUUAACAUUACUUUAAUGGUUGUAACUCUAUCCAAUUAUACCGCUUUUAAUAAAGGUGAAGAAAAAGUAUAUAAUUAUUUGGGAAGGACUACUGCUAUGGAAAAUGCAAAAAUCCACGCCGCAAAGUUUAUAAGAGCUGCUUACCAGCGAUAUCUUCUGAUAAAGCAUGGAGGAAAGCAGCAAAAAUAUUUACACGAGAGAAGAGAAAAAACUUAUGAGAUGAGAAUUCAUUAUGAAAAAUUUAAGGAACAAAAAAAGUAAAAUUCAUUUAGACUUGCAUUAUUUGCAGAGCAGUCAACUGAAGAAAUGUUAAGAGUUUUGAGUGAAGGACUUAAUAUCAAAUUCGAAACAAUUAAUUUUUUUAUUUAUAUAACAAUCAUUGAAUAAAUUUUAUUUAUUAAUCAUUAUUGUUUUAUUUACAACAAAAUUCACCCUAUAAACGCAUAAUAUUUAAUUCUAAACUCUAUUAAAAAGAAUAAGCAAGCUCACGAUUUAAAAGAUCAAAUACAUGAAAUAACUCGCUCUCAGAAGAAAUCGAAAGAAGCUUUAAAAACUGCAAUAAAAAGCAUGGAAAUUGUGGAGGAAGAAAUCGAUAAAUAUGCUUCUCUAAAAUAUAAACUGUAA